AUGGCCGACGCAGCAGAAGAGAACACUCAUGUGUCUGAGCCCCUCGACCUGGUGAAGCUCCUUCUUGACGAGGUCGUCUUCGUCAAGCUGCGAGGUGACCGCGAGCUGAAGGGCAGGCUCCAUGCCUACGACAGCCAUUGCAACAUCGUGCUCGGAGACGUCGAGGAGACGAUCUAUGUGGUAGACGAAGAUGACGACGACGAGGAAGCCAAGACCAUCAGCCGCAAGUCUGAGAUGCUUUUUGUUCGAGGCGAUAGCGUUGUCUUGAUCUCCCCCCACGGAUCGUCUUGA